AGAGAGAGAGAGAGAGAGAGAGAGAGAGAGAGAGUCUCUCCGGCAAGAUGAUGACGGGGAUCGUGCAGGAUCAGCAUCUGGAGAAGCAGAUUGAGAAGCACAUCGGAUGCAUGGCCGGCUUCCUCCACAUCUUCGAUCGCCACCAGGCCCUCGCCGGGACACGCCUCUACGCCGCCAAGCGCCUCCCUCCUCCUACGGGACUGAAUUCGGCUCGAGAGACGCCCAAGGUUGUUCGUUCUCCGGCGAUGUCAGGAGAGCUCGCGAAAUCUCCGGCGGCUAGAGCGCCGCCGUCGCCCGAUCGGUCCUGGCCUUCUCCGCUGAAGGAGAUCCGCUCUCCGGCGCCGGAGCCGGGGACGCCGGCCGCCAGGUCGCCGCUCCCGUUCCCGGUGUUCGAGUUCAAGGAGGGCACGCGGUCUCCGUGGAAGUUCUCCAAGGAAGCCCCGAGGCUCUCGCUCGACAGCAGAGCGACGACCGACGCGAAAGGCAGCCUCUAUCCCCGCGAGAUCCGCACGAACGCGUCCAUUCUGUCCGCGAGCAGGCCCGACAAGGCGGCCGGCGGCGACGACGAGAAGCAGCGGCGGUCCCCGAGCGUGAUCGCGCGCCUCAUGGGCUUGGAGAACUUGCCUCGUCCGGAUCCGGAGCCGGCGAAGAAGGCGGAGCUCCGGAGAUCCGCUUCGGAGUCCAGAGUCAACAAGGACAUCUACCGGUUCAUGGAAGGGGCCCCGAGCGGUUUUCACGUGAAUCAAUCGCAGCAAUUCAAGGUCCAGAGCAAGGCCGCGUGCAAUGCCAUCAGAGAGAAUGCCGCUGCGAGAGGGGACAACAAGUCCAGCCUCGCCGUUGGCCAUGACGCGAGGAACGUGAAACCGGAGACGGCCAAAGCUUCGCACAGAGGAUUGAUCCAGAGGAAGAGCUUCUACGACUCGACGGAGUUCUUCCCGGAGCCGAAACAGGCCGUGUCCAUCUACGAGGAGAUUGAGAAGAAACUGAGGAUGAGAGGCAUCGACGAGCCGUCGAAGGAUUUGGAGACGCUGAAGCAAAUUCUCGAGGCUCUGCAACUGAAAGGCCUUCUCCACUCGAAGCGCAACGAUGUAAACCCGAGAAACUUGGUCUACGAGAGAAGUUUCAACGACUCUCCAAUCGUGGUCAUGAGGCCGUCGAGGUCCAGCAAUCUCUAUGGCAGGAAUGGCAGUAAUUCACCGCCUUCGAGCUUCAGAUCGAGGCCGGCGGCAGCUCGCCGGAGCCCUGGUGCGGUGUCGCCGGCGGCGAGCCCUCGGUUCGAGAAUGUGAAUAGCCAGAACAGGGGGAGGAGUUCGGUUUCGCCCACUCGGAGUGACAAUGGCGCCAAGAGCCCAAGCAGGAGGAGGCCCCUGGCGGCGGAGCCUCAGAGGAGAGCAAACGCAGUCGCAGAGCAGCGGCGAGUGUCUCCCGUUCAGUCCCCGAGGAUUGGUUUCAGAAGGACAGGGCCGGACCAGAGCAUGACGACGAGUCAAUCUCCGAGGACUCGGUGGUCGACGGCCAAGGCUUACCAGGAGGAGGAGGAGGACGUGAAGGCGUUCCUUCCCGCAGAGGAUGAGUCGUCCACAAUUUCAGAGAGCAGUAUCAGCACUCCAUCACUGACCGAUACGGAGAGAUCGAAGAUGGAGGAGUACAAGGAAGGGAAAAGCUUGCUGGAGAGGUGCGACAAGCUGCUACACAGCAUAGCGGAGAUCACAGCCGCAGCAGAGUCGCAGCAGCAGCAGCCGAGCCCGGUGUCCGUGCUCGACUCCUUCUACAAGGACGAGUCUUCGCCCUCGCCCGUAAUGAAGCGCAGCAUUGAAUUCGAAGAUCAAGCGGCUGAUCUGGACGAUGAUGCUUGGAGCCCGGUUUCCCCGAUCUCCUGCAAACUCAAUGAGAAGGCGGAGGACGGUGAUUAUCUUUACAUCUCCGACAUUCUCCGAGCGUCCAGCCACAUUCCCAAAGACUCCAACUUAUUCUUGUUGCUGGAGAAGCAACAAUAUCUCAAGGGGAAGGACACCUCCCGAGUCUCGAGACUCCAGCGGAGGCUAAUAUUCGACACCGUCGCCGAGAUCCUCGAUCGGAAGAGGCAUUUGCUCGAGUGGAAGUCUCUCUCCGAUGCGAGCUCGGCUCUCGAGAAUCCAUCCUUACAACAGAUAUGGUCGGAGUACCAGAGGAUCCGGGAGAGGGACACAUCGGACGACUUGCUGGAAGUGAUCUGCGGGACGCUGAGGAAGGAUCUGGCAGGGGACGCGGUCAACGGUUGGGACGGUUACCCCGUGGAGAUGUCCGAGGCGGCCGUGGACGUGGAGCGGCUCGUAUUCAAGGACUUGAUCAGCGAAACCAUCCGGGACCUCGCCGCCUUCGCCUCGGAGACCAGUAAAUAUCAGCCUCCCAGAAGGAAGCUGGUUUUCUGAGUCUGCCGCUGAGAGGGGGGGGAGGCGGCCUGUGGCGUAUUACUUUCUUCCCCGCGUGCCCCUUUUUUUCGUUCUUUGCUUUCCCUCCUUUUUUUCUUUUUCGUUUUUCUCAUCCUUUCGCACUUCGUGUUUCCCCCCCCGGUUUGAUAAAAAUGUUUAAUCCUUAGUCGUAGCCUGAAAACCAGGUGAUUUGCACACCCACUUCGGCAAAAAAUUAAAGGUGAGAGGUGGGAUCGAGAUUGUGCAUUUGUGAGCUUUGGAUUGAAUGUGGCAAUCAAACUAAUCAUAACCUUUUACGCA